GAGCGCUUUAACGAGUAGGAAACCAGUCUAAUUCAUCCACCGCCUGCGAUUUCAUAUUUUUGUUAUUUGAUUUGUUAUUUCGAUAAAGAUUUAUGCUGACGAUCGCGUUGCCAUGGACAAGCAGUAUUCGGUCGAGUUCUUCGUCUCGUUCAUAGACGCCAUGCAGAAGCUGUGUCGGGACUAUCUGCACUUCGAGCAGGGCGUGGAGCUGAGCGGCUACCUGGCCCUGGAGAUCGACAACAUCAAGAAGGAGCGCUAUGUGCUUAGCGAGUUCGUGCAGAGCACGGGCCAGGUGAUCAGCGAGAGCUACUGCACGAAGGCCUUCAAGACCGUCAAGAAACUCCCAGAACGAAACACGGACGCGGAGAACGUCGUGCCAACAAGACAGUCCAAUCAUUCAAGAUGGGGACAGAGGCACGGGCAGAUUGGUGACGUCACGCCGAACCGAUAUCGAAAGUCAUCGACACCGUCGUCAUCAUCAUCAUCACUACUGCACGGCAGAACGCACACCAUCACGUCAUCAUCACUAGAAGAACUGUCAGAAGUGGAAGCAUCACGUGAUCAAAGUCAGCAACCAUUAUUAUCGAAAUGGACCACGCAGACUGGAAGCGUUUCUCGGGGGUCAAAACGAAAUACCCUUGACACAUUGUCUGAUUCACCGAGUAACAAAAAAGAAAAAGUCGACCCCAGCACCUGUGUGGUGAAUGUGAUGACGGAGUCGCCCCCGACUCACCACGUUGUCCCCGACCUGGCUGACACCGUGUCGUUACCGCUGUCCAACACCGUCAUAAUCAAAGACGAAACAGACACUUUCUUACAAACCUCAGCAGACGACAGCAAUGCGAUGCAGUCGACGAACAACGCGAUUGAUGAAGGUCAACAACAGUCGAUGAAUAAUUUUCAUAUCUCCCCUCAUGCCAUGCACGGGGCUUCAAGUUCCAGUAUUACCUCAGCCGGCGAAGCUAACAUGGACUCGCAGUUUAAGAACCCAUCAGAAAGUCCAAAACAGUCCGGCGCUUCUGACCUGGUGUCGGGUAACGAGAACCCAGACGGCAUCCUCGACGAAAAGGGAUCCGCAGCCGAAACCAAGAGCGAGGACUUGCAGUUAGAAAUGGACUUCCAGUCACUGGGUCCUUCCUCGAUCUCACACCUGAGCUACCAGUCUUUCAUGAACUCUCAGUUCCGCGACGUGAAAAUGCACAAGUGUCAGCACUGCGACUUCCGGACCGAGUACCAGGGCAACCUGAAGCGCCACAUGCGCGUGCACACGGGCGAGUUCUUCCACUGCAGCCUGUGUCCGCGCCACUUCUCCGACAAGUACGAGCUGUCGAUCCACAUGCAGCUGCACACGGGCACCAUCACGUGCAGGUACUGCGGCGAGGAGUUCACCUCCAAGAACAGGCGCUGGGAGCACGAGCGGCAGCACAAGCGAGACCUGCCGCAGAUGUAGCAGCACGAUGUUGUUGAAGAUAGUUCAGCGGAGGUUGCGAUUCAAAAACAUUAUGGGAACGUGUACGUGUCGAAACCUGAAAUGCGCUUUACGUCACAACUUCGUGCGGUCUAUUUAAACGUUGCACGUUCUAUUCGUGUAGAAUAUUGUUCAUAAACGUGUACUUAAUUGAUAUCUACAUGGUAAGUAUAUAUGAAAUUUGUAUAGUGCGCUGAAGUGUUAAAAUAUUCUGUUAAAGUGGUGUGUGCGAACUUGGCAAGAAAUCAUCUUAACAACACGUGGAAUAUAGUACCGGUACGUUAAGACUAAUCACACACAGAAAGGUGAUAGGACAAGAAGGCUUUGGAAAGGACAUGAGAGAUAAUAAAAGGAAGAUGGAAGGGCUAGCUCUCAGUAGCACGCGUUUUCACUUACAUUGGAUCCAAGUUAACUGCAAUUCGUGUACGGGUACCUGUUUACACGUGCAUGUUUGGAAUCGCAAUCUUCCGACUGAGACUUUUCAUACACAUCACAAAAACAGACUCUGGGCUACACGAUAGACAAAAAGAAACACAAGUUACCUCAGAUGUAGCAGCAGAUGUCUGGUUAUAGGGCAUGCAUGUUGGUACUUUCCAAGUGAGACGCCACAAAGACUACAGUCUGCAUUUUAAGGCAUUAUUUAAUUGUUGUAAUUCUUUAGUCCGGUUUGACUUUUAUUUAUGAAUUGAUGUAACUGUGUUGUCAUACGUUUUUGUUAUGGAAUAACUUUCUAACAAAUAUUAUGUUUAUUUGUAUUGUGGCCUAAGUCGGGUUCAUAAAUAUUGAUUAAUUUGAAAGAACAUCGUAACUUAUUAAUAUUAGCAUCCACAACAGAAUACUUUCCUAUUACCGCCAAUACUUUCCCUAUUACGGCCAAUACUUUCCCUGUUACGGCCAAUACUUUCCCUAUUACGGCCAGUACUUUCCCUGUUACGGCCAAUAAUUUCCCUAUUACGGCCAAUACUUUCCCUAUUACGGCCAAUACUUUCCUAUCACGGCCAGUACUUUUCUAGUAUGGCCAAUACUCGACAAGAUGGUGAAGAAGUAGAAGAGGUAAAGCCGGUUGGUGACUACGUUCACUAACUGGCUAUACACAGCAGAACUGGGAGGUGUAUAUUUAAACAGUUGUUUUUAGGUAGAUUCACAUUUAACUUUUACAUAUCGACCAUAGACCUUUAAGAUUUUGUGGGUAUUGUUUAAAACUGUCGGUGUCAUUUGCAUAAAAUUAAUUAUUCGUGUCAUGAUUUUCAUAAAACUAUCUGUCGUAUGUCAAUGUGUUUAUUACAAAUAUCAGGAGUAUCAUAUUUAUGUCGCAAUUUGUGUUUGUGCUUAUUUUUGACGCAGAUGUUUUAUGUUUAUUGGUACAUUGGUAAUAUGGUAUCAACAUGAAACAGGCCGAACACAGUACUUACGGCAAGAGUGUUACACCAGUGUAUGAUUCUUAUAAGGCAGAUGAGUGACAUUUCACACUAAUUAUGUGCAAUAUUUAGGGAUUCAUUUCUAUAUUUUGAACCAUGCCUUUGCAUUCAAUUUGAAAUAAGUUUGUUUGUUGUGCUGAGAACAGCAACGAAUGCAGUUGUCAUCCAUGGCUUAUUUAAGUUCGCACUGUGCAUUAUGAAACUAAUUUAGUCUGCGUAUUAUAUUUUAACCAUACUUUUCUUUCAUAAUGAAGGGGUGGGUGUAGAUCAGUGAUAGACCGUGACGGAUUAAAGGGUCAGUCGAACAUGGGGCGAGACGGGGGUGUCUCUAAGUUCCAACCAGUUCCCCGCUACUGGUACUUUACUGUCUGUGGUAAAUACGUAUAGAGAAUCUCGUGUUGCUGUUUCCAAGAACUAGCCUGUGUGACGACUGCUGGUUUCCUUGUUCUGUCGACCGAGUGUCGAACUAACCAUUUGUUAGACACCAGAUAGACGUCGUUUAAACUACACAAUUGUCGUUGUACAAAUAUUCGUUUCUUUUGUUUCAAAUUAGGAUCAACGUCUGGAUUCACAGAACAUAGCUCAUACUCUAGUAUCGAAAAAAAGAGGCAUUCCAUUUGACAUUGGUCAAAAUUGUUUAUGACCCCUUUCAAUUUUGAUGAAUCUUGGUGUGUAUCAGUUUACAUUAAAUGGUUACUGUGUAUUUUUUGUAUUUUUUUUAAACUCAAUCCGACCUUAAGUAUUGGAUCAAAGUGGGUUCAAACCUUGAAAAUUGAAGGUGGGCAUGCAAAUUUCACCAGGUUUUGAUUGAAUUAAUAUGAAGUGUCCCUAAAGUUAUAAUCACACAAUUAGUACCUGGAAGAUGGAACUUCUUCUUUAAAAAUAGUAACCAUUAUAGAAAGACUUCGGAUAUAAGAAGCCAGUAUGUCGCAGUUACUAACAGGAAAGACAAAUUUAUUUAAGGCAGAAUCAUACACAAAACCCGAGAAUAAGUAAAUAAUUACAAUUUUACAUGGAAUAUCAACAAAAAAACCAAACACAACUUCAGCAGGGGUUGUGGUAGCAGCUAUAUAUUCACUUUUCAACUGCUCCCACCCCUCCUGCUUGUUCGUCGUGUAUAGUUUGGAUCUCGUCUAAUUAAUGGGAGUAAUAGUACUAGAGUUGUGAAGCUUUUGUGUUUCCAUUUAAACGAUUUGCCUCUCAGGGCAAAACCAAUAAAUAAAUUUACACUUG